UCAUUCCGUUUUCCAUCAAGAUUUCAAGGAGGGAAGUGUUUUCUGCGACGACAGCUCAUGUCAGCUGUUAUCUGGUUUUAGUCCGCAGAAGUGAGAGAACAGUAAAUUCGGUCAGCUGUUUUGUGUUUUGAUUCUUAAACGCGCAGUAAAUAUGUCGGAAUCGGGCGAGCCAGCUACUUCUAGCAGUGAAACGACAUCUUCUAUUGAAGCUGUCGUUGAUAAAUCUGAUGGAUUUGCUGAGCCCGAUUGCAAAAGACGAAAGGUGGCUCACAAAAAUGAUGAAAAAAAAUUCGAAUUGGAAGAUAGGCUCGGAGGAAUCUUGUGUUGUGCUGUCUGCUUAGAUCUUCCAAAGACGGCUGUUUACCAGUGCACCAAUGGCCACUUGAUGUGCGCCGGUUGCUUCACCCAUGUGCUGGCCGAUGCCCGUCUCAGAGAUGAGCUGGCCACUUGUCCCAGCUGCAGGGUGGAGAUCAGCAAGACCUCCGCAACCAGAAAUCUGGCGGUGGAGAACGCUAUAUCAGAACUGCCCUCCGAAUGCCAAUUUUGCAACAGGCGAUUCCCUAGAAACUCUCUAGAGAGGCACGAGGAGCAAGAGUGUGAUGAAAGAAUUUCAGGUUGUAAAUACAGUAGGAUCGGAUGUCCUUGGAGGGGUCCAUUGCACGAGAGGUCUGAACAUGAGAAUGAAUGUGCUCAUCCUCACCGUUCGGGGGCUGAUGUUAUGGAAUCCUUGAAAACGAUCGAUCAAGAAAUAGCCGACGAAAGGAAAAUUUAUGACGGCAUAUUCGAGUUGCUUGGUUUCGAGAAGAUUUUAUUCAACGAUAUACAACUGAAACCCUAUCGUACGGAAGAAUUCGUACAUCGUUUGUUCUACGAGUCCUCCCGCUUUUCUGCCUUCAAUAAUCAGUGGGUGGUGAAAGCCAGAAUCAACAACAGCCAGAAAGACCCCACUCAAAGCUCAGAGAGGGGCCUUACUUACCAGUUGAUCUUGAAGUCCAAAACAACCACUCCUAUGAAUCUGAGUUAUAUAGUUCUUCGUGGACCUGUGGGAGAUAUCAAAGUUAAGCCUACUAUUCACCAAUUUGAGUUUUCGGAACAGGAAAAUGAAUCGCCAUAUUUACCGCUACGUUUGCCGGACAGCAAUGAGUGCAAUCGUCUUCUCGCUGCUAAAGUUAUAAAUUUUAGGCUUAUAAUGUUCCUGGCCUCGAAGUAGAUUUCCUGCAUAAGGAAUUUCUCGCCAAAUCGAAAAUGUAUUCUUUACAUUUGCUAUAUUGACAAGAUCUCUUAAAAGUAAGUUUUGUUUGAUUUUACCAGAGUCUUCAGUUUUUCUAGGAUUCAAUUUAUUUUAUAUUUCACCAGAUUAUAUUUAUAUGAAUUAUUUUGUUUUAUACGAUAUUGUUGUUUGUCAUUAUAACACUGACUAAUUCAAACAAUAAUAAGAGAUUGGACAAAAGGCAAAUUGAAAUUUUCUUAUCCUUCUGAAAGCCCAAAUUUUAGUUUAUUCGACAGAUAUAAAAAACAUUUGCGAGUAUAACAUUUUUAUUGGAAUCAGAAAAACAGUGAUUUUUAUUGAAGUAUUUUAUUUGAUUACUUCAUUACUUUUGAGAUCCAAUGCCAUGAUUCACAGUGUUUUGUUGAACCAGUUGCAUAACAGUUAAAAUAAUAUAUCCAUUAUGUUUAUCUAUGGAGAAAUAUUGCAUGACAUUUUAAUUUCUGGUUAUUAAUAAUAUUCAAAUUUGUAGAUAUGUGAGGAUACUUUCUGAAUUUUAAUAAUUUCAAAUGUAAAUAUUUAAUGUUUUAUAUUCAUAUUAUUUAUAGGCUAAUAAUUAUUUAUAAUCUAAUGAUUUUUGUUUGUAGAGGGAUAUGGUAGAAAUAUAUAUUAUCAAAUAUACCUUAUUUCUUUA